AUUAAAGUAUUUCCAUUUUGAACCCAUCUCUACACAUUUGAAUUCUUGUUGUUAUGGAAACAGUUCAUUGUUUGUAUCGAAAUAUUGUUCUUUCUGUAAUUUCCAAAGAAAGAGUUAUUUUUGAAGAGUUGUUCUUUUUUAAUUAUUUCUUCAAUAGUCCAUAGUUAGAUUGAUAUGCAUACACCAUCAACUAUGAUGAGUUCUAAAUCAGAUCAAGAAAGAUUACUGGUUAGUGCUGAUGGAGAAGCAAAUAAAAUUUCGAGAAUGUCAACUCCAAAACCAGUAAUGCACCUAGGCUCUGCUAUAGAACUUCAGAAACCUGGCAAUAUGGCGGUACCAAGCACGCCUUUCCGUACUGGUGUUGAAUCACGAUCUGGCACAGCCCUUAAACCACCAUCAAGUUUCAAAGUCAACACGGGGACAUUGCGCUCAUCCACAAGAACAGCAGCUUCAAGCCUUCGGUCAGGAACGGCAGCGGUCCCUAAUAGGCCAAUGACAGCAGUCAGAGGAGCUGGCUAUACCUCGCAUGGGAAAACGUUCGAUCCAACAUUUCAGUCUUCUUCGAUGCCAGUGCCACCCUUGGAGCUACAAAAAGACGACUCCCCCGAGGAAAGAAUACGCCUUCAAGAAAUGAAAAUCAUGGAUUUGGUGGAAGAAUCAUGCAAAGCUAGCGCGGCAGGAGACUUUAGACGCGCUUUGUCCAAGGCCAAAGAAGCUUCAAACAAGGAAAGAGCUCUGAUAAAGAUUCAGGAGCAGGUGAAGAUGGCAGAGACCCAUAAUAUGGAUUUAACAUUCGAGGUCCUAUUUAAUCUCGGCAACCAAUAUGCGGCCAAUGAACUCUACCAAGAAGCUCUAAACACCUACCAGAUGAUCAUCAAGAAUCGGAUGUUCACCAACGGUUACCGCCUUAAGAUCAACAUGGGCAACAUCUACUUCAAGCAGGGUCGCUACGAUAUGGCCAUCAAGAUGUUCCGUAUGGCCUUGGAUCAGAUGUCCAACGUUCAUAAAAACCUAAGGAUUAAAAUAAUGCACAACAUAGCCAUGGUUUUCAUCAAGAUGGGACAAUGGGUGGAAGCUGUGACCAACUUGGAGUAUAUAAUGAGCGAGCAGGCCUGUCAUAGGGCUGGUCUGCACCUGGUGGUUUGCUGCAGAGCUCUGGAAGAUACGGACCAGAUGAAAAAUGCCUUCACAUCUCUUUUAUCGGUUCCUAUGAAUAUGGACGAUGAAGACAAAUACAACAUGGAACAGGACAAUCCUGAAGAAUCCUUCAUCGCUAGAGCCAUCAGAAAUGACGAUCUGCACCGAUACGAAAUUCAGAAACGCAGAGAGGCUGAAUACUGCAUCUUAAAUGCCGCCAAAUUGAUUGCACCACUUAUUGGUGACUCGUUCAGCGCAGGUUACGACUGGUGCGUUGCCACCAUAAAGAAGUCGGAAUACGCCAGAUUAGCGUCCGAACUGGAAAUCAACAAGGCCGUGAUGUUUCUGAAGCAGAAGCAGCUACCAGAGGCUGUGAAUACUUUGAAGGCUUUCGAGAAGGAUUCUAACAUAGCUAUAAACGCUGCUGUGAAUCUGUCGUUCAUCUAUUUCUUGCAAGGGGACUAUGAGACCGCGUUAACUUACGGGCAAGUUGUAGAAUCUUCCCCGGUUAAGAUACCGGAAGGAUUCGUGAAUUUGGGUGCAUGCCUGAUGGCGCAGGGUCAACAGGAGAGGGCUAUAAGUUGUUUCGAGGCUGCUCUGGAGUUGGCACCGAAUCAUUUCGAGGCUACUUAUAAUUUAGGUCUUGCUCUGAAGGACCAAGGACACUUCGAGAGGGCCUUGGAGUGCUUCCAGCAAUUCACCGGAUCCUUGGCGCUACUCCCCUGUGUGAUAUACCAAACUGCGCACGUUUUAGAUUUGAUGCAAGACGCCGAAGCCGCGGCAGACACCUACCAACAGCUUUUAGGCUUGGUCCCGGCGGACGCUGAAGCCUUGCAAAAGCUGGGAGAAUUGUACGAUCGCGAAGGGGACAAACAGCAAGCCUAUCACUAUCACUUGGAGUCUUUCAGAUACUUCCCAGCCAAUUUGUCGGUGAUCGAGUGGUUAGGAUCGUACUACAUCGAGAUGCAAGUGGUGGAAAAGGCCUUGGUUUAUUUCGAGAAAGCUGCCAUAAUGCAACCAAACGAACCGAAGUGGAACAUGAUGGUAGCUGCUUGUUAUAGAAGAAGCGGAAACAUGCACAGAGCUUUGACACUGUACCAAGCUAUACACAAGCAGUUUCCAGAGAAUGCAGAGUGUCUACGUUAUUUGGUUAGAUUGUGCAGCGAUUUGGGAAUGAGGGAGACUCAAGAUUACGUGAUGGAAUUGAAGAAGCUAGAGAGGACCAAGGAGGUUAGGGAAAGGGUCAACAGCAGCCGUCCAGGUUCUAGAAGGGGCAAUAGAGGCUUAACUUCGAGCGCCAGUUCAGGAUUCAGUGUAGUAAUGGAAAAUGUAUCAACCAGCGCAAGAAGUUCGGCAGGUAGAAAUUUAGAAUCUUCACAAAUGAUGAACUUCCGGAAUAGCGCAGGAAGUAAUGAUUCUGGAUUAGAUAAUAGUGAUACAUCCUAUAUGGAUCCAUUAGGGCCUCAGCCUUUGAGACCACGAACAGGGAUGGGUAAACCUCUUGACUUUGAAGAUUUUGACAAUGAAGAAUUGGGUGAUGACCUACUACCUGAAUAGUGAGCUUAUAGCAUUUUAUUCUGUUGUGAUGGAAUGUUUCAUAUCAUGAUUAUAAAAUGAUAUGAAUUAAUUUUUUAUUCUAUGUAGUAUGUAAUUGUUAGAAUUCAAAUACAAUGUAUGUUAAUAUAUGUUAA